CAGGUUUAAAUCAGAAGACAUUGCAAAGCAUUUCAAAGAGAAGUUUGAAGAAUGCCAAGAACUGAUGAAGAACCAGACACCAGCGAAGUCACUUCAAGAAGACCAAGGGCACCAGGAAGUCAAAGACGAUCUUUUCACCAAGUUUAAAGCCACUGAAGGAUCGUGGGAGUGUGACAUCUGCAUGGUGAGAAACGACUGUGAUAAAGUUGAGUGUGCAGCUUGUGGAAGUCUGAAACCUGGAGCAGAACCUAGACAAGACCACAAAAAUGAUAUGAGGACAUCGUUCCCAUUUGUAGGUUCUACACCAUCUUCUGGUUCAGCGUUUUCAUUUGGAUCGUCUACAGUAUCUACUGGUGCGGAGUUUUCAUUUAACCAGACUCGAUCCUCCGGCUCAGUGUUUUCAUUUGGAUCGUCUACACUACCUAGUGGUGCGGGGUUUUUUUUCAAUCAGACUCCAUCGUUUGGUGAAAGAGUUUCAUUUGGCUCAGUUGAAACACGUCAGAGUCAUGAAAAGCCGAUUAACUCCUUUGGUUCGACCAGCCAAAUCCCAAAUUCCAGCUCGGGAGUUCCAUUCAGCCUUUGCUCUUACGGACAGGGGAAAAAUGGGAGUGAGCACACAGAAGAAAACAAAAAGGUUUUAUUGAAUCAGACUCCAUCGUUUGUUGCAGGAUUUUCAUUUAGUUCACCUAAAACAAGCCAAAUUGAUGAAAAGCCUAUUUUGGCCUUUAGUUUGUUGAGCGAAAAACCAAAUUUGAGCUCGGGAGUUCCAUUCAGUUUUGGUUCUUUCGGACAGGGAGGAAAUGUGAGUGAGCAGAGGAUGGAAAACAAAAAGGUCUCUUACAGAUCAGGGACACCAUCUACUGAUGCAGUACCGUUUUCUUCAGCUACGCCGUUAUCUUUUGGAUCAACUACAUCACCUGCUGUAGCUAGGUUUUCGUUUGGAUCGACUACAUCAUCUGCUGGGACAGAGGUAUCUUUUGGAUCGACAAUAUCAUCUACUGGAGCUGGAUUGUCUUUUUCAUCUGCACCAUCGUCUGCUGGAGCUCGGUUGUUGUUUGGAUCGACUACAACAUCUGCUGGGACGGAGCUUUCUUUUGGAUCGGCUCCAUUAUCUGCAGGAGUUGGGUUUAAUUCUUUUGGUUCGAAUACUACAUCAUCUGCUGGAGCCGGGUUAUCGUUUGGAUCGAGUAAAUCAUCUGCUGGAGCUGGUUUAUCGUUUGGAUCCACUACGUCAUCUGCUGGAGCUGGGUUACCGUUUGUAUCGACUACAUCACCUCCUGCAGUUGGGUUAUCAUUUGGAUCGACUACAUCACCUCAUGCAGUUGGAAUAUCGUUUGGAUUGACUACGUCACCUCCAGGAGCUGGGUUAUCAUUUGGAUUGACUUCAUCAUCUUCUCGAGCUGAGUUUUCGUUUAGUUCCACUACGUCGUCUGCUGAAGCUGGGUUGUCGUUUGGAUCGACGACAUCAUCUGCUGGGACAGGGUUUUCUUUUGGAUCAACUCCAUCAGCUGCUGGAGCUGCGUUAUCGUUUGUAUCGACUACAUCACCUCCUGCAACUGGGUUAUCGUUUGGAUCGACUACAUUAUCUGCUAGAGCUGGGUUUUCGUCUAGUUCCACUACGUCAUCUGCUGGAGCUGGGUUAUCGUUUGGAUCGACUACAUCACCUCCCGCAGCUGGGUUAUCGUUUGGAUCGACUACAUCACCUUCUGCAGCUGGGUUAUCGUUUGGAUCGACAUCACCUCCUGCAGCUGGGUUAUCGUUUGGAUCGACUACAUCACCUCCUGUAGCUGGGUUAUCGUUUGGAUCGACAUCAUCUGCUACAGCUGGGUUUUGGUCUAGUUCCACGUCAUCUGCUGGAGCUGGAGUUUUGUUUGGAUCGACUACACCAUCUACUGAGCCAGCGUUCUCUUUUGGAUCAACUACACCAUCUACUCGUUCAGUGUUUUCAUUUGGAUUGGCCACGCCAUCUACUAGUUCGGCAUGUUCAUUUGGAUCGACCACAACUUCUACUUAGAACUGAGGUUUCUUAUCAGAGGGAUCCUGAAAUGACAGUUUAAGGUUGACGGAGCAGCUUGUGCAUGGAACCCCAAACAUGAAAGACAAAGAGUCGAGGGAUGAAUCAGUUGCCAGGAUGCAUAUUCUAGAAUGGUUUUCCAGUUACCCUAUUGUGUAAACUUGAGUUAAGCCUUAUUCCUGCCUCGGUUAGGUUUCCCAUGAAGAGAUAUAAACGAUGCGGUUAUAAAUUGUUUUGAAGAAACAAGCGAACAUGGAGGCCAAAAUUGGACGCAAACACAGGAGGAUAGAAAGAAAACCGCCUUUAUUCUAAUAGGGAAUCAAUAUGAAGUAAAAAUCUGGUUAACCUCUAGGAAAGAGGCUUACAACUCCAUUAGUGGCUCGGUAGCGCCGGAGUCAACAACAGAUUCUUGAAGUUUAUUUACUUUUCACAAGUUUUGGUCCAUAAAAUUGCAAAACAAAAUGAAACUGUUUUCCUUUUACAUACUGAACAAGCUAGUUGAAUAAUAUUCAUGUACGGAUCAUUUCGAUGUUUAAAAUAAUUAUUAUAAGUAAGACUCGUGAGAACUAAAUAGCAUAAAAUUACGUCUUUAAUGUAAGUUUAUUAUACCAGGUAAUUCUACCACCCGAAAACGUCAAGUAGCAUUACAAAUAUUUAGCAAAAGAAUAUUUACAGGUGACAACAAUACUUAAAUCUUAUUGACGGGUGUUGUCUUAAGUGUUCAGUACAAUAAGAACAUAAAAUAAACU